AUGCUAAUUCUCUUGCCCAUUCGACCGACAGCUUCAAAAGAUUCUUCUGCAAUCUUCCCGGCGAAGAACCACGAAUCAAAGACCAUCGGCAUUAUUGGCGGCAUGGGGUGGCCAAGCUCGGAAGCGUAUUAUAAGCUCUGUAAUCAGCUCGUUAGCGACAGGCUUGGGCCAUUGCACUGCGCCAAUCUUGUGCUGAUUCAGACCGAUUUUGAUAAGAUUAACGCUUGGGAAGCUGCCGGAAGAUGGGACUUGUUCGGCAAUUUGCUGGUAUCUUUAGCACAGAGGCUCGUUGGAGCUGGUGCUGAUAUGAUCAUGAUUGCCUGCAAUACUGCACACAAAACACUUCCUCACAUCAGAAGCAGAAUCAGUCUACCCAUCGUGGAUAUUGUCGAGGUCACAUCACUCAGGGUAAAACACUUAGGAUUUAAGACUGUCGGAUUCCUUGGAACCAUUUACACCAUGGAGGACGAUUAUUUUCGCGGGCCUCUCCUCAACGAAUACGGAAUCACUGCAAUUACACCCAAUCGGAAACAGCGGGAAAUGAUCCAAGAAAUUUUGGAGAAAGAAGUAGUUCGCGGCAGCAUGUCGGAAACAUCCAAGGCCAAGUUUCGAGUCAUCAUUCACGAUUUGGUGAGCUCGGGUGCUGAAGCCAUUGUUCUGGCUUGUACCGAGUUUGGGCAGCAUCUAAGGGCAGAGGACUCCACCGUUCCCAUGGUAGACACGCUCACAGAACAUGCAAAAGCAGCUGUAGAAAGAGCUUUGGCAUGA